CGCUAGAAACCACUUCCCCCCCCCUUCCACACACCCACCGAGUCCUCCUGGUUCGUGAGGCCGGAUCCGAGGCACCAUGUCCGGCCGCUGGUGGAGCAGCGCCGCGGUGACCCACCUGCUCACGGCUCUGUUCGGGAUGGGUUCGUGGGUUUCCGUCAACAGUCUGUGGGUCGAGCUGCCGGUGGUGGUGCGGGUUCUACCGGAAGGAUGGAACCUUCCGGCCUUCCUCUCCGUGCUCAUAGCGUUUGGGAACCUGGGUCCCAUCGCCGUGACGAUCACGCACCACUGUGCCCCGGGCCGUCUGAACGAGCGCCUGCUGAUCCACGCCAUCCAGCUGCUGGCCGUGGUGGCGUCCGCGCUCCUCGCCAUCUUCUGGUCGCACACGGUCACGAUAGCGGGAGACGAGAGGUCGCUGCCCUUCCUGCUCUUCACCUUCGUGCUGUCCCUGGUCUGCUGCACGUCCAACGUCACCUUCCUGCCCUUCAUGUUCCACUACCCGCCCCAGUACAUCCGCACCUUCUUCAUCGGCCAGGGCCUCAGCGCCUUGUUCCCGUGCGUCGUGGCGUUGGGACAAGGCGUCAGCAGACUGGAGUGUACCACGGUGAAUGGGACGGUGCAGCCACAGUAUUUCGAGGAGAAGUUCCCCGCCCAGAACUUCUUCUGGUUCCUGUUCGUCAUGCUCUCGAUCUCGGCUGCAAGCUUCCUGGCGUUGACGCGGAGGCAGCUGGAACCGACGCCCGGCGAGCCGCCCCAGGCGUCGGACGCCGCGGAGCCGGUGAAGAGCGGCGAAGAGACACACCCCCUGCGGAACGGAGGGACGCCGGUGUCUGAGGAGCAGGUGCAGCUGGAGGAGCAGCAGCCUCCGCUGGCUCAGACCUUCUGGACGUCACACAACAUCUACCUGCUGGCGCUGCUCGCCGUCUCCAACGCCCUCACCAACGGCGUCCUGCCGUCCGUGCAGAGCUUCACCUGCCUGCCCUACGGCAUCAUGACCUAUCACCUCUCUGUCGUCCUCGGCAACAUGGCGAACCCCGUGGCCUGCUUCCUGGCCAUGUUCUUCGUCCUCAGGACGGCCACCGGUCUGGGCUUCCUGUCGCUAGCGGGGGGGGUGUUCGCUGCAUACCUGGUGGCGUUAGCAGCUCUCAGCCCCUGCCCUCCGCUCCUGGGGAAUCCUGCUGGCGUGGCUUUAGUGGUCGUCUCCUGGAUCAUCUUCACCGGCCUCUUCUCGUACCUGAAGGUGGUGAUUGGGACUCUGCUUCACGAGAAGGGCCACGCCGCCCUGCUGUGGUGCGGCAUCUUCAUCCAGGCCGGCUCCCUGGUCGGGGCCCUCAGCAUGUUCCCCCUGAUCAACGUCUACCACGUGUUCUCCAGCGCUCAGGACUGUGUGGACAACUGCAGUUAACAGGAGAUACCUCAGGGUUCCCACAGACUGGUUUUGUUUUUAGGCUCCUGAGUGAAACAGAGGAUCAUGCCACCGUCCUGAGAGGCUUCCUCCCCCGACUCGAGGCCCCGGAGCCUCAGGGAAGUGGAAUCACGAUAAUGGGAGCUCUGUGUUUCUGCACAUGACCGAGGGGAUGUAACACACGUAUGAUGCAGUUACACCACAAGAGCUUUGUGUGGGUCUUUUAUAACGAAUCCCUGUAGUUGAAGAAGGAGCCGCAGCUGAUGAUGAUGGAGGUUUUCCCUCUGAGAUCAUGUGAAAAGUUAUUUACUCAGGGACACAAUCAUGAACUUGUUCGUCCACAUCUGUUGCUCCUGGAGCCGAGUUAUGUGAAGGAUGCAAACUACUACAAUUGUUUUGUUUUUAUUUCAUUUUCAAAUGUCUGACUUCAGCUUCCUACAUCUGCGGCUCAGGGUCAAGUCAGUAUUAUGUGUGAAAACCGUGACUUCAGAACGACUCUACAAAGAUGCUGUGACGUUUCUUAUUUCAAACAAUGUUUAACCCUCUUUUCUCGUAAUGUUUUAUGAAAUAGUUUUACAUGGUUUUGCUGGUUGUUCAUUCUGGGAUGUUCUGCCACCUGCAGGGAACAAUAUCUGUCCGUGAUGAUGAAUAGCAAAGCAAUUAGUGGACGGUUUUGGGAAGCAAGGGAUUUUAUCAAGUCAAUCUUUGAUUUGCGUCUUGACCCUGUGAGUUAAAUCUGUCACCCGACUACAGAACAGAUGCUUUACUACGUUGAACCAAAAGGAAACGAUAACACUUGUCAAACGUGCCUCAACUUCAUGCCUGAAAUCCUGUUUUUUUGUUUUUUAUCUUUUCAAUAAUAUAUCAGGUUUUUUUAAUGUGAAUUAUUCACAAAUGUGGCCUUUUUGUUGAUUUAAAAAAAAUAUGAUUGUAAUGUAAACAUACAUCUUGACAUUAAACAGCUGAUGUUGGUGAACGAA